CUAGCCCACAAUGCGUUUAUGCACUAACGUAACUUGUAACCAGUAAGCGGCAAGAGAAUGAGGUACUGUGCCGUCUUUCUGACUUUGUCGGCUUGCCUUGUAUUACCAGAUUGUACGUAUUUUCUUACAAUUUAAGAUAUUUAAUGUUGAUAUUAACAUGCCUGUAUUUUCAACAUUCAAGUUUAACAGCUUACUUAUAGUGCAGUUUUUUGUUCGCCACUGUAAGGGCACACUGUAAGGAUACAGCUGUAAGGAGACAGCUGUCAGGACACAAAUUUAGGGGAACAGCUGUAAGCAAUUGUAAAGACACAGCUGUAAAGGACACAACUUUAAGGACACAGCUGUAGGACACAGCUAUAAGGACGCAACUGUAUGGACAAAACUGUGAGGACAUAGAUGUAAAGAUACAGCUGUAAGGAAAAAAUGUAAGCAAACAGCUGUAAUAAAUUGCAAGGACACAACUGUACGGACAAAGAUUUAAGAACACAACUGUAAGGACACACCUUUAAGGACAUAUUUGUAUGGACACAGCUGUAUUGACACAUCUGUAAGGACACAACUUUAAGGACACAGCUAUAAUGAUACAACUGUAAGUACUCCACUGUUAGGAUACAACUAUAAGGACACAGCUGUAAGGACACAGCUGUAAGAACACAGCUGUAAUGAACUGCAAGGAACCAACAAUAAGGACACAAUUGUAUGGAAAAAACUGUCAUAACACAACUGAAAGGAUUAAGGAUACAACUGUAAGGACAAAACUGUAGGUACAUAACUCUAAUGACACAACAAUGAAGACACAACUUUAAGGACACAACUGUAAGGACACAACUGUUAGGACACAGCAGUCUCUAAACUCAAAUGGUUAUUUUGAACUGUGUCAUCUCAUCCAUUUCAGGUGUCGAGAGCUACACCAGGAGGUCGGAGCACAAGAGCCUGAACAUUGGGGAGACGCUCAAUUUGACUUUGAGCAAUGAAACACUUUUUAGACCUGGAGAGUGGACGGAUGAUAUGCAAAAAACGAUAACGGCGAUGUAUCUAGACUACACGUGUGCUGGUUGCCCGUCAUUUAUGAAAGUUGUCUCUAGGCAGAAGACGGUUAGUCAAAAUUUAACUACAGAAAUGUUUACAUUUUUUACACCAAUGUUGUAAUUAAUGCAACAAAUAUGUUUCUGGCCAAUUACAUUCAGUAUAGAUGUGUAAAUGAACGAUUACUAAGGGAAACAAUUGAAAUUACAUUUUAAGACUAUCCACAGGUCCUUGUUUAAUUAACAUACAAUAUUUUUAUGAUGAGACAGCGAGAACAUCUGAGAAUUGCAAAAUAUUAAUUUCAUGGGCCAUAGAAUUAGGUGAUUGCAUCCAGAACCGGAUCAAACAGCUCCUGAAGUUCUCGGCAGUUUCCCUGAUCUAUUUAGGAUAUUGAUAUUUUUUUUAAUUAUCAUGAUUUUAGAUUAGCGUGGUCUAGAUUGUAACUGUCUAGAUGUGCCUAGUCUAUCUAGAUUGGAACUGUCUAGAUGUGGCUGAUCUAUCUAGAUUGUAACUGUCUGGAUGUAGCUGGUCUAUCUAGAUUGUAACUGUAUGGAUGUGGCUGGUCUAUCUAGAUUGUAACUGUCAAGAUGUGACUAUUCUAUCUAGAUUGGAACUGUCUAGAUGUGGCUGGUCUAUCUAGAUUGUAACUGUCUAGAUGUGGCUGGUCUAUCUAGAUUGUAACUGUCUAGAUGUGGCUGGUCUAUCUAGAUUGGAACUGUCUAGAUGUGGCUGGUCUAUCUAGAUUGUAACUGUCUAGAUGUGACUGGUCUAUCUAGAUUGGAACUGUCUUGAUGUGGCUGGUCUAUCUAGAUUGUAACUGUCUAGAUGUGGCUGGUCUAUCUAGAUUGGAACUGUCUAGAUGUGGCUGGUCUAUCUAGAUUGUAACUGUCUAGAUGUGGCUGGUCUAUCUAGAUUGGAACUGUCUAGAUGUGGCUGGUCUAGCUCGGUAAAAUGAGGUGGCUGGUCUAGCUCGGUAAAAUGAGCGUGUCGGUGGUCCCAACAAGAAUUUCGCCUCUACGUGGCGUGACUAGUAGGGUAGACUUGACUAUCCCGAAGCUAAAAAAACUCACCUCUCUACGUCUGUCUCCCAAGGUGAAGGGGGAGGUUACUUGUAACUUUCACCCGGGAGAAGGUAAAAAAUAAAGCCUAAAGAAUAUCAUUUUUACAUGGCUAGUAAAAUACACAUUAAUCUAAGCGAGAGGAACUCGAAUCCCCUCCUCCCCUGCAGCAGAUCGGUGACGGGGCUCAGGCCAACUGCAGGCGCUGGUGCUACUGGGGGCACUAGGCAAGGUGCCGCUGGUCACCUCCCCAAAAAUUAGUAGUUGUGCAGCUUAACUGCAACGGGGUCAGUGGGAAAAUCCCUGAGCUCACCAAACUACUCCACAGCCAGGAAGUGGACGUAGCUCUACUUCAGGAAUCCCUACUGAAAAAGCCCCCAUUGCACGUCUCGGGCUUUUCAGUUGACCGCUGCACUUGCGUAAAGUGCCGAGUUUUGGUAACUAUUGUGAAAAACCAACUCACAGGAGAACUGGUAGAGAGCAGAAACAUUGGUGUGACGGAUACUCUGACCCUGAGAGUAGUCGUAGGAGGUAAGUCCUUUACCAUUAGUAACAUUUAUAACACCCCACCCCCCCAGGGACACUCUAUGCCUGCCCAUGCAGGGCACAACACUUUUUAGUUAUAGCUGGGAAUUUUAAUGCCCAUGUGGGGGAUAUGGGCUAUCCCGACACAAACGCCCCAGGGCGCUACUUGUAGGAGGUCGAGCUCACGACCAACCUCACCAGGCUGCAAAACGGCAACAGUGAACCAACAUUGCUUCACACGGGCAACAGUGCCACGUCACGCCACGACGUAACACUGGUCUCGGCCGAACUCGAGGCGAAGACCCAGUGCGAAGUCCUUGAUGAGGUUGGCAUUGACCACAGACCUACCCUCAUUACAAUUUGUGUUGCGCUUGCAGAGCCAAGGUUAGCUAGGAGACACUGGCUGUCGCCAAAGCCAAGUGGACUCUGUUACCGGGUGAGGACACAUAGUAUGAUUGCGGAAUCAACAGGGAUUCCCAUUAACUCCAAAAGCACCGAUGCUGCAUACGACGACGUUGUGAGUGGUAUCCUCGCAGUAGCAAGGAAAACAGUCCCAAGAACCAACGGAAACCGCAAGUUUCGCCACUUUUGGAACAAAAGGUUGGCGGAGAUGGCCCUUGAAGAGAGCUCGGACCAAAGCCGGAAAGUUGAAGAUGGCUGAUGCUCGUGCGGCUUACAACAAACUGACAGCAGAAGUCUGAAAGGAGGUUGAUAGGGCUAAAAAAGAAAAACGGGUUGAUAGGUGCGGAAAACUCGAUCUGAAAGACGGCAAAAAGGUCUGACGAAUGAUGGACUCGUUAUCCUGCACGGGAAAGGUCCGAAAUCUGCGUCCAUUGCAAACGAUGACAGGCACGGACCCACAGAUGCCAAAAGAGCCGAUGCUCUCAACAAGCAUUUUGCAAAGAUCAAUUGGAAGCAGAAAGAGAUCAAAGAGAGCCAAAACCUUGACCGUCUCCGGUGAAAUUGAGAAGUGGCCCAGCAGUGGGGACCGCAUGCAGAAGUCUUUACCGCACCUGUCACUAUGAUUGAAUUGAAAACCGCCAUCGACAAGUGCGACGCCGCCAAGGCACCAGGUCCGGACAAGAUCUGUAAGGAGAUGAUUAAAAACCUUGGCCCAAUAGCUAGGACAGAGCUAUUGAAAAUCAUAAACAGAUCGUGGUAACGGGAAUCCUACCCAGAGCUUGGCUUAGCGCUAUCAUCGUCCCUGUUCCCAAAGAAGGGAAGAAACUCGAUCUAACGACCGGCUAUUGUCCAAUAUCCCUAACGUCGUGUUUGAGGAAAGUAGCCGAGAGAAUGGUUAACCAGAGGCUCUACUGGUACCUGGAGAGUACCGAGAGUCUCACCCCUAUUCAGGCGGGCUUCCGCAAGGGAAUGCAUCCUGAAGUCCAGGUGCUCCGUCUUCUCCAGUCCAUAACAGAUGGUUUCCCGAAAAAGUCGCAUACGGGGGCUGUAUUUUUUGACAUCCAGCAAGCCUAUGACCGAGACUGGAGGUCCGGUCUAUUAUUGAAAUUGCAAAAGUUGGGAGUCGCUUCAAAUUUGUAUAGGUGGAUCUCCGUUUUUUUUCACAAACCGGACGAUUAAGACACAAUUCGGCAGUGAAACCUCCAGGAAAAGAACACUUGAGGAAGGGCUCCUUCAAGGGUCAGCCAUCAGUUGUACUCUUUUCCUUACAUACAUCAAUGACCUGCCACAAAUUUUAGCGACCAGUGCUGCUAUGUAUGUCGAUGAUUUGGUUGUCCUGAGUACCGGUAAGGAUGUCUACCGCCUGCAAACGCUAUUACAGCAAGACCUUUCUGCUAUCAACAGGUGGCACCAGGAAAUCAAAACCGAGAAGACGGUCCAUUCACUAUUUACCAACGUGCGGACCAUUCUCAAACAGGAGAUCGAGCUCAAGGUGGGCGAUGCAGCGCUCAAUGGGACAAGCAACCGGUUUACCUGGGAGUUGGAUUGUAUCAAAAGGUGCAAAUGCAUAAUUUUGUACAGGACCUCUUCUCCCAGGCAACCACCAAGCUCAACCUGGUGAAAAAGUUGGCUUGCAAAAGUUGGGGCGUGGGCUCAAGUACUACGCUUUGAGCUCUAUUCCUAAGAAGUGUAAGGUCGGUGAUGACCUACAGCAUGCCGGUCCAAUCCUUUGCAAGCAAGACCGCAUUGGAAAAAUUUGGCCGAAUCCAGAAUCAGGCUCUGAGACUCAUCUGUGGCGCAUUCCAGACCACACCCACAGCUGCAGUAGAGGUCUUGGCCAACGUAGAACGAACCACUACAAAUCAGGAGGGAAAAAUCAAUAUUAAUCACCGUAGAGAGGUACCGGCGGCUGGACAAAAAUGAACCGGCCUUCCAAAUGCAGAAUAACUGGGUUGGCGGCAGGUGACUAAAGAAGUCCUCUUUCAUGCACCAGGUCAUGGAGCUGGAAAGGACAGUUGCCUGCCCCUAAAUAGAGAAAGUCUGACCCUAAUACCAGUUAAUCUGCCAUAUGGUGAAUCAUUACGUCGCUCCAUACAUUUGGCCUUGACCGAUGCAGAAGUGACUAAACGUAGCCCUUAACAUGUUCAGAAAGCGGCUGCCCUUGAGACCAUGGAUGUGCUCGCACACAUACCUGUUAAAGUGUUCACGGACGGCUCAGCCAACUUGAGAGAAAGAACUGCUAGAUACUGUGCGCUUAUACUGCAUCCAGCGGGAGGACCACCAACAGAAGAGCUCUCGGGGCCCUGUGAGACUGCAGCGUCAAAUUUUGAUGCGGAGCUUAUGGCUAUACACAGGGCCUUGGAAAGAAUUCAUAACACAUUGAAGGGGACGGAGCAUACGGAGCUCGAUGCAUUUGUCUACUCAGGCUCAAGAUCUGCUCUCGAGAUCUUGGGAAAGAGACAGGUUACCACACUUUUGGUCGACGUCAUCACCGAUGACGUGUGCAAAAUUGGUGAACUAGGGGGCAAGGUAAAAAUACAGUGGAUACCUGGCCACGUCAACAUCAGUGGAAACGAUAGAGCAGACACUUUGGCGAAAACCGGGGCUGCCCAGCCUCAGCCAGAGGCACCAAUGACUUAUUUGGGAAUUAAAGUCUUGCUGACGGACCAUUUCAGGAAGAAGUGGUACAGGCAAUGGGCAGAUGACACGACCGCCAGAGGAGUCUAUUAAAACUUGCCCACUCUUAGCAAACAAAACCCAUGGUGGGGAUUAGGCCACAGACAGCAGAGUUAGGUGACGCAAAUGCGCACCGAGCACUGCCCCAUAGGCACAUUUUUCUGGCGGCUGGAUAACAACAAAGAUCCCACCUGCCGGCAUUGCAGCCUGGACCCGGAGACUCUGGAGCAUCUGUUGACCGAAUGUCCCUCACUAGAUCUCCCGGGGGAAGCCAGGGCUGUUGGAGGACCCUUUGUGAGGAAAAUUUUGUAUGGCUUAGCUCAACAGAUGGAGUUGAUAGCCAAUUUACUAGCCGUGGUCAUAAGAGAAUAAUCUCAGACCCUCACGAGGAUAUGUGUGUUAGUUAUCUGGUCUAGCUAGAUUGUAACAGUGUAGAUGUUCCUGGUUAAUGCAUUAUAAUAUAAUAAAUUCAAAAAUGAAAUGGUCCAUCCACUGUUAUUAUUUACAUCUCGGUGUAAGAAGCCAGAGUAUACCCAAAGUUCGGACUGGACCCUGGGUUAAAGGUGCCUAAGCCUUAAUUUACACAGAGUAUAUUCUGGCACAGGCUAAGUUACAUCCUUGGUCAGUUCAUAUUCCUCCAGGCCAGAUUAUACCACCCAGGACAUCAGCAGUGUUCAAUAAUGAACACACACAUAACCAAACUUUUCUACAUUUUACUACGGAUUUCAAUUUGUCAGAUUAGUUAAGAGAGAAGGCUAACUUUAAAGAAAGUUAUAAACAUGAACACAUUGACUUUUAUAACUUAACCAGAAAAAGAUUUCAUCCCCCAAGUUCAACUGUCUAGAGCGUAAUUCUCAGUAGUCUUUGCACAUUCCAGAAACAACAUAAUAACACAUAAGUGCGCAUAGCACACUAAUCCAGGGAAAUUGAACAUUAAAAAAUAUAAUUAGGCUGUCCAUAAGACAUUUUAAUGAACCUAACCUUUAAUUUUAAUUUGAAUUCCCUCAACUGUAAUAAACUGGCCCCAAAUUUGCAUUUAGCAACCAUCCCUUCUUUUAACUGGCUCACAUUUUUAAAUAAAUUCCUUGCAAUUUGAAUUUAAUGGCCCUCAUUUUAAUGAAUGGCCCCCACAUUUUUUUUCUUCCCCAAUAUGUUUAGUAAACAGUCCAACACUUUUAACUAACUUGAACACAUACGUCUUAAAAAACACGUUUCCCAUUUUUAAUAAUUUGGAGUACAUUUUUAAUAAAUUGGAGCACAUUUUUAAUAAAUUGAAGCACAUUUUUAAUAAAUUGGAGCACAUUUUUAAUAAAUUGGAGCACAUUUUUAAUAAAUUGGAGCACAUUUUUAAUAAAUUGGACCACAUUUUUAAUAAAUUUGACCACAUUUUUAAUAAAUUGGACAAAACUUUUAAUAAAUUAAACCAUGCUAUAUAAUCAUUUAUAAAAAAGAACAAGGUGCCGUAUUUAUUCAAUGGCCUUAUAAAUGUUACUAUUGUGCUUCCAAUACGUAAUUCUUUUUCAAGAUCAAACAUUUUAUUAUUGUUGAAUCUUAGGACGAUUGGGCACUUCGUGUUCAAGAUGAGCAUUCGAAAUUCAUCGUCUCCCGCAUUGGUGACCAGUGGGUUUAUGUUACUAAAGCCAACAUGCAGACUUUUCACAGCGGAGUUUUCAAAGUCAGAAUAGAGUUCACAGGGCCACACGAGCCUAUGGAAUUUUUGACGCUAGUAACGGUGGAAGGUAAUCAUACACAUAAUAUUAUUUUAAAAAAGUUGAUUUUAAACUUGAAUAUGACAUGUCAAAAUAAAGUUUUGGUGGUAUCUUAAUACAAAUAAUCUCAUCAACGGAAUAAAAUAUGUAUAACAGAUUGUUACAGCUAUUAAAAAAAUAUGAGCUCAAUAUAAUGUCGUAAAACUAGAUAAGAAAAAAGAGUUCACAUAUUUAAGUUUCUUCAUAAUGUGCACAGUAGAUGGUGUCUUUUAGUAACAAUAAUAAUGUUGGACACUUUUAUGUUUUCUCGGAUAACCACAAAAACAAAUUUGUUUUUAUGUAUAACAUUAGGCGCAACAUCUAACAUAUGCCUACUUACUACUUUAUGCCAAACAAGCAACAUAUGCAUACUUAUUACUUUAUGCGCAAACAACUAACAUAUGCCUACUUACUACUUUAUGCCAAACAACUAACAUAUGCCUACUUACUACAUUAUGACAAACAUCUAACAUAUGCAUACUUACUACUUUAUGCCAAACAACUAACAUAUGCAUACUUACUACAUUAUGACAAACAUCUAACAUAUGCAUACUUACUACUUUAUGCCAAACAACUAACAUAUGCAUACUUACUACAUUACGACAAACAACUAACAUAUGCAUACUUACUAUUUUAUGCCAAACAACUAACAUAUGCAUACUUACUACUUUAUGCCAAACAACUAACAUAUGCAUACUUACUACAUUAUGACAAACAUCUAACAUAUGCAUACUUACUACUUUAUGCCAAACAACUAACAUAUGCAUACUUACUACAUUAUGACUAACAUCUAACAUAUGCAUACUUACUACUUUAUGCCAAACAACUAACAUAUGCCUACUUACUACCUUAUGCCAAACAACUAACAUAUGCCUACUUACUACUUUAUGACAAACAUCUAACAUAUGCAUACUUACCACUUUAUGCCAAACAACUAACAUAUGCAUACUUACUACAUUAUGACAAAAUCUAACAUAUGCAUAAUUACUACUUUAUGCCCAACAACUAACAUAAGCCUACUUACUACUUUAUGCCAAACAAGCAACAUAUGCAUACUUACUACUUUAUGCCAAACAACUAACAUAUGCCUACUUACUACUUUAUGCCAAACAACUAACAUAUGCAUACUUUAUUACAUUAUGAACAACAUCUAACAUAUGCAUACUUACUACUUUAUGCCAAACAACUAACAUAUGUCUACUUACUACUUUAUGCCAAACAACUAACAUAUGCCUACUUACUACAUUAUGACAAACAUCUAACAUAUGCAUACUUACUAGUUUAUGCAAAACAACUAACAUAUGCAUACUUACUACAUUAUGACAAACAUCUAACAUAUGCAUACUUAUUACUUUAUGCCAAACUACUAACAUAUGCAUACUUACUACAUUAUGACAAACAUCUAACAUUUGCAUACUUACUACUUUAUGCCAAACAACUAUCAUAUGCAUACUUACUACUUUAUGCCAAACAACUAACAUAUGCAUACUUACUACUUUAUGCCAAACAACUAACAUAUGCAUACUUACUACAUUAUGACAAACAUCUAACAUAUGCAUACUUACUACUUUAUGCCAAACAACUAACAUAUGCAUACUUACUACAUUAUGACAAACAUCUAACAUAUGCAUACUUACUACUUUAUGCCAAACAACUAACAUAUGCAUACUUACUACAUUAUGACAAACAUCUAACAUAUGCAUACUUACUACUUUAUGCCAAACAACUAACAUAUGCCUACUUACUACUUUAUGCCAAACAACUAACAUAUGCAUACUUACUACUUUAUGCCAAACAACUAACAUAUGCCUACUUACUACUUUAUGCCAAACAACUAACAUAUGCCUACUUACUACUUUAUGCCAAACAACUAACAUAUGCCUACUUACUACAUUAUGCCAAACAACUAACAUAUGCCUACUUACUACUUUAUGCCAAACAACUAACAUAUGCAAACUUACUACAUUAUGCCAAACAAAUAACAUAUGCAUACAUACUACAUUAUGCCAAACAACUAACAUAUGCAAAUUACUACAAUAGGUGUAAUUAUUAACAUAUGCCUCUUUAUUACUGUAUGCGUAACAACUUAUAUAUGCACAUUACUACAAAAUGCUCAAUAAGUAACAUAUGCAAAUUUACUACAGAAUGCCCAAAAAGCAACAUAUGCAUAUUACUAUAAUAUGCCCAACAAAUAAAAUUUGAAUAUUUACAUCACCAUGCUCAACAUCUAACAUAUGCAUAUUUACUAAAGUAUACAUAACAACUAACAUAUGCAUAUUUAAUAAAGUAUACAUAACAACUAACAGAUGCAUAUUUAAUAAAGUAUACAUAACAACUAACAUAUGUAUAUUUACUAAAGUAUACAUACCAACUAACAUAUGCAUAUUUAAUAAAGUAUACAUAACAACUUACAUAUGCAUAUUUACUAAAGUAUACAUAACAACUAACAUAUGCAUAUUUAAUAAAGUAUACAUAACAACUAACAUAUGCAUAUUUACUAAAGUAUACAUAACAACUUACAUAUGCAUAUUUACUUAAGUAUACAUAACAACUAACAUAUGCAUAUUUACUAAAGUAUACAUAACAACUACCAUAUGCAUAUUUAAUAAAGUAUACAUAACAACUAACAUAUGCAUAUUUACUAAAGUAUACAUAACAACUAACAUAUGCAUAUUUAAUAAAGUAUACAUAACAACUAACAUAUGCAUAUUUACUAAAGUAUACAUAACAACUAACAUAUGCAUAUUUAAUAAAGUAUACAUAACAACUAACAUAUGCAUAUUUACUAAAGUAUACAUAACAACUAACAUAUGCAUAUUUACUAAAGUAUACAUAACAAGUAACAUAUGCAUAUUUACUAAAGUAUACAUAACAACUACCAUAUGCAUAUUUAAUAAAGUAUACAUAACAACUAACAUAUGCAUAUUUACUAAAGUAUACAUAACAACUAACAUAUGCAUAUUUAAUAAAGUAUACAUAACAACUAACAUAUGCAUAUUUACUAAAGUAUACAUAACUACUAACAUAUGCAUAUUUGCUAAAGUAUAGAUAACAACUAACAAAUGCAUAUAUACGUAACUACUAACUUACGCAUAUUUACCACAGUAUGCGUAACAACUAACAUAUUACGCCUUUUUACUAUAUUAUACGUAACAGCUAACAAUAUUAAUACUUACUCACCUUAUCAGGGGUGUACACCAUAAUCAGACACGAGUUUCCGGUAGUUAAAAUUAAGCAAUGGCGGGCAGUUUUAAAUGGAAGUAGGUCUUUCGACGGAGGAAAAAGUACUUAUAAUAGAGCAUUUAUUUCGCUCAUAUGUAAAUGGUAAUAAAAAAGACCAAAUAUUUUUUCCAAAAUACAUUAUCCCAGAUUACAUAUCUGGGUUCUUCAAGUGUUGUCCCAAUUGUAUUCGUUGCGAAAUUGUUUCUUUUUUUCUUAAAAAAUUGUUUGAAAAGAGAUUUCUCUUAUGAUGAGUUUCAAGACUGGUCGUCUUUGACAAGUAGUGUGAAUUCAGUAAGUGUUUGAGAACUCAUAUAGUCGUGUUUGACAUGUAGUGUGAAUGCAGCAACUGUUUGAGAACUCAUAUUGUCGUCUUUGACAUGUAGUGUGAAUACAGCAACUGUUUAAGAACUUAUGCGAGAUUUUCCAUCGAGACAGUAACUAUCCACCAGACCUCCACCUCUGGUUGACACAAUACAGUUCCAGAAAGGGGAAACUUUUACAAGGAGUAAUCAUAAUUACGUUACAUAAUGCUUUCUACUGAAAUCUGUUUCUGAAAAAAUGUUCUUUCAACGUUUCCAAACUCUCGAACACUUACGUAUAGGAAAAAACUAAGGCUCAACAAUUAAUCCAUUUUUUAUUUUAAAAAACUCGAGUUAUUUUUUGCCAACAACAUCGGGAAAUGGCAUAGUACUUUUCUUUAAGUGGGUCACGUGGUGUUGCAAAGUUAACCAUAACAAGUGUGCGUUUAGGAUGCCGGGGUGUCCGUACUGCUAGUUUUAGCACACUUUCCACUUACUCAUUUCUUAAUUAUAUGACCCUGGUACUAAAAAUACUUAAAGUCACAUUUUUGUCAAAACCAAUCUAAACUGUGAUAUUUUCUUAUCCGGUUUUUCCAAGUGUAAUGCGUAAAUUUGAACACAUUUAAAUGAAAUGUGCCCGAGUCCUUUAUUUAAACAAGACAAAAUUUGAAAAUGAUCACAUUUUAUAAAAACGAAACGAAAAAUAGAACUUGAUUAUAUCAAAACGUGUACUUUAUGACUUAAGUAUACGUUUAGCCAUUAGGUAAAAUUUUUUUUUUUACUCAGCGUUCUCCCGUGGUUUUCUUUGAUUGUUCUUUCAGGUCCCGAGGCGACCAAAAAGUCCGGGUACGAAGGACCACUGUUGUUUGCUCUCCAGUUGGCCAUUACCAUACAAAUCAUUGGUCUGUUUGUGCAGUCCUACAGAUUCCUGCGCUUGUUGUUCGCCAGACAGGAUGACGAGGAGAGGGAGUUUGUGGAGAGAGUUGUGCAUGGGAGGAGGUUCUUUUAGUAAGUCUGUAAUAACUUUAAUCCAACGACAAUGUCAACCAACUUAUAUAUGUUGUACAUAAUUCAUUGUCUCAAAAUGAAAACUAAAGCAUGUCUUAAAGCUUCACUUAAAAAGACAUGGCAAAUGAAAUACAUUGAUAAAAAAUGCACAAUUUAUAAAACUUUGUAAUUUUUUAUUUAAUUUUAAAAAUUGGUGGCCGGAGGGCGUUGUUUGCAAGAUACAUUAAAAAAAUUAUUUACUAUAUAUUUUUAAUUUAAAGUUUACAGAAUUAAGUCUAAGAAUAAAUCAUUCCUUACUAAACAUUUGACUCAUACAGUUCACAACAGCUGAUUCAAUAGCUCUGGUCUGUACAAGAGAAUUGGUUCAAUAGCUCUGGUCUGUACAAGAGAAUUGGUUCAAUAGCUCUGGUCUGUACAAGAGAACUGGUUCAAUAGCUCUGGUCUGCACAAGAGAACUGGUUCAAUAGCUCUGGUCUGUACAAGAGAACUGGUUCAAUAGCUCUGGUCUGUACAAGAGAACUGGUUCAAUAGCUCUGGUCUGUACAAGAGAAUUGGUUCAAUAGCUCUGGUCUCUACAAGAGAAUUGGUUCAAUAGCUCUGGUCUGUACAAGAGAAUUGGUUCAAUAGCUCUGGUCUGUACAAGAGAAUUGGUUCAAUAGCAUUGGUCUGUACAAGAGAAUUGGUUCAAUAGCUCUGGUCUGUACAAGAGAAUUGGUUCAAUAGCUCUGGUCUGUACAAGAGAAUUGGUUCAAUAUCAUUUGUCUGUACUGGACAGUUGGUUCAAUGGCAUUGGUCUGUCUUGGACAGUUGGUUCAAUAGAUUUUGGUUUUUCUUGAUGUUUAAACUUUGCUGGAUUGAACCCACAAAUUGAAUUUUUCUUUAAAAAAGGGAUAUAACUGUAUAAGCAUGUUAUAUAUUUGACCAGAUUCAAGUUACCUCCCUUUUUAAAAUAUAUUUGUUCUCACUUAGUAAGUUCCUAGAAUAACAAAUAUUUUUUCUAUUGUGGUUCAUACACUCAAUUUUCUUGUUCUUUUCAUCAAAUAAUUGUGACGAAUUUAUUGAUGUUUAAGAAUCUCUUAUAUAUAUAUACAUAUUUAUUUAUAUAUAUACUAAUAAAGGGCAUGGCCCUCAAUCACUCACUGUCUGACUCAUCACUAAUUCUCCAACUUCACCUGUAGGUAGAAGCCUGAAAUUCGGCAAGCUUAUUCCUUAGAGCUUAUUUACAAAAGUUAAGCAGGUUUCUUUUCGAAAAUAUAUACCGUUUGGGGUUGGGGGCCCAAAAUGUCAUUUUUUCCCUAUAUGAGUUUUAUAAAUAAAAUGAUCAACAAAUACUGCUGCAUGAAUAGAUGGAUCUUUGACAAAACAUAAUAUACAUUCAUUUGAUUAUCCAUAGUCAAAUACUGAAGUGUAAUUUAUAUUUAAUAUCCAUUCAUCUGGGGCCGGGGUCCCAUUUCAUUUUUCCUUAUAUGAGUUAUAUUAAGAUCAAUAGGCUUAGUACUCCUACAUGAAUAGAUGGAUCUUGAUCAAACUUAGUAAUCAUGCUCAUGAUUUUCCAUAUUCAAAUACUGAAGGGUAAUGAACUCAUAAUAUGCAUACAUCUGGUGCCAGGGGCCCAUUUCAUUUUGUAUUAAAAAAUCUACAUUCUCCAACUUACCCUGUAGAUAGAAGCCUGAAAUUUGGCAGGCCUAUUCCUCACAGCUCACUUACAAAAGUUAAGCAGGUUUCAUUUAAAAAAAUCUACCCGGAACGGUGACAGCCUGGGACCCCGAAUUCGGGUUUUUCCCUAAUAUGAGCUAUACAAAAAAAAAUUAACAACAAAUACUGCUUCAUGAAUAGAUGGAUACUGACAAAACUUAAAAUACAUGAAUUUUGUUUUCCAUAUUCAAAUAUCGAAGCUAACUUAAAACAUAAUAUUCAUUCCUCUGGGACAGGGAGGGCCCCCAUUUCAUUUUUUCUUAUAUAAGCUAUAAAAUAUAAAAACGCGUAGUUUUCCUUCAUGAAUAGGUGGAUCUUGACCAAACUUAGUACACAUACUUUUAAUUAUCAAUUUCAAAUAUCGAAAGGUACUGGACUCAUAUUAUCCAUAUCUCUGUGGCCGGGGGGCCCCAUUUUAUGUUUUCUAUUAUAAGCUAUAUAAAUAUCAAUAGGGUAAGACAAUAGGUUAAUGCUCUAUGUGAAUAGAUGGAUCUAGGCCUAGCUUUGUAGCAAUACCCUUCUUAGUCCGUAUUAAAAUAUCGGGGGAUUUAAAACUAAUAAUAUCCAAUCCAUUCAGGGCUUAUUUAGAAUUUUCUAGAAACUUCGAUACUUUAAAAAAGCUCUAUCUAUGGCAUUUUUAAACCAAUUUUAAUAGGACAAAUUUUAAAUCCAUAAUUUAUCUGAAUGAUUUUAUAGUACACCCCCCCCCCCCAAAUCUCAGACAUAACUAAAACUGUACUUUAUUAAAUGUAUCCCCACCGGGCCCCCUAUAUCAUUUUAAAUGUACUUUAGUUAUAGUAGUACAAUUUAGUUAUAUAAUAAUUCGCAUUCGAAAAAUAAUUACUUAGAGAAGUAAUUUUUUUUUACAAGUUUUAUGGAGGAUUUUAAAUUUAAUCUAGAAUGUUCUAUAUUGUUCUACUGGGAUAUAUAAUUAGAUCUAAAAGCUUAGUCAAACAAAAUCGCACUGAGCACGAUCCCAUAAUGAAACAGGAUCCUAAACGUACCCAUCGGUUACGCGAUCCCAUCAGGGAACAGGAUAUCAUCGAGAUCCCAUCGGAUAACGGGAUCAAAUCGCGUUUAGGAUCCUAGCAGGAAAAGGGAUAACAUCGUAAAAGAGAGUUCCUAGGUGGAACGGUAUCCCACAGCGAACGGUAUCCUAAGGGAUCGGUAGCCCAUCAGGAUCCACUGAGAUCGGGAUCCCACUGGGAUCAAAACACCGACGGGAUCGGGAUCCCGACGGGAUCUGGAUUACCCCUGCUUCUGGAGCGACAAGAAAAUAGGACCCUACGGGGAACUGGUUCACACCGGGAAAAGGGAUUGCGUCAGGAUUGGGUUCAGAAUGGGAUUGUGGACUCAUUAGAAUUGGGGUCUUACCAGGAUCGGGGUACCAAGGACAGACCCUACAAAAAAGUUGACAUUUAAUUAUUUAUUUAGGUAUUUUUAUAUAGCGCUUACCUUAAAGCUCUAAGCGCUUUACAAUUAUUAAAAACAUGUAAACAUUGAUUUAAGACAAGAUUGAUUUUCGCAAGGGAAUGCAUUGUAUGCUGAAUGAUAAUUGCGCAUUGUUUUGCACACCACAUUAUUUAUUGUGUAGUGACGUCAUGUUUUUAUGCUGUCUUGUCGAGUGCUCCAUGUUGGUUGGACUCCAUGUUGUUCUCCUACAAUAAAACGUUGAACUGACCUUGAUGGUUGCCAUUGCUUGUUUGAUUAUCUUCCUAGUGAAGUACCUUAGCAACUUAAUAUUUUCAACAGGUUAUGGGCCCAGGUAGCGUUAUCCUGUGCUAAGCUGUUGCUGAUUCGAUUUUUGUGUGGUUUGUAUUCGGAAUCGGUGUUCGUAGAAUUACCGGAAUGACAAACAUGAACACAAGCAUCAUUCCUCUUGUUGGUGCAAAUUAUUCAACCUGGAAAAUUCAAUCCCAGAUGGCCUUGAUGAAGGAUGGACUCUGGGGUAUUGUUACUGGGUCUGAAGUUGCACCUGACGAGGCUGAAUCGGAAAAGGUUGCUAAAUUUACUGUAAGGAGAGUUAGGGCUUUGGCUAUCAUUGUAUUGGCGUGGGACACUUCAUUGUUGUAUUUAAUCGGCAAUCCAGUUGAACUCAAGAUUGUCUGGGAAAAACUGAGGGAUCAGUUUCAAAAGAAGACAUGGGCUAACAGACUGGCGCCGAGAAGGAGAUUACUUACAAUUAGAAUGAAGGAUGGGGACUCUGUGCAUGAGCACAUUAAAACUCUAACGGAGAUUUUCAACGAGCAUGCUGUGGUAGAAGAUGCCGUUGAUGAAGAAGACAGGGUGGUUCGCCUACUUGCUAGUCUAACCAACUCCUACAAUAUGUUGGUAACUGCUCUUGAGGCUUGCUAAGAAGUUCCAAAGAUGGAACUUGUAACUAAACGAUUACUUCACGAAGAGCGAAAGAUGUCACAACGAAGGGAAGAAGUACCAAGUAGAGCACUUGUGUCGAAGGAGAAGACAAUUAAGAAAGGACCCACAGUGUUAUUAUUGUAAGAGAAUUGGACACAUUAGAAGAGAUUUUCCUGAAUUAAAAAGGCAAGAAUCAGGCAAACAUAUUUACAGAAAAAAUAAGGUAAAUAACACUGAGAUUAAGGCUAAGAGAUGCUCUAGUAAUGAAAGUGUGAGACUGUUAAUGAGGCAUCGUCAUGCCUUAACUACAGGUAAUGGUGUCGCGACUUGGAUUAUUGAUUCUGGAGCAACAAGUCAUAUGUGUUGCAGGAGAUCUGAAUUUGUCGAGUUAUGGAAGAGGCUCCGAAUAAAGGACUCGGAGAUGGAUGGAAUCUGAAGGCCUGGUAAUAAGCACCAAGAAUGCACGCUGCAUGAUGUGCUUUAUGUGCCUGAACUCAAGUGUAAUCUGUUCAGUGUUGACCACGCAAUUGAGGCUGGAAAGACAUUUUAUUUCAAUAGCAAAGGUUGUGAAAUAAAGGAUAAUAACGGUACACUUCUGGCAAAGGGAGUGCGGUCACGUGGUUUGUACCAUUUGUGUCAUUAUACCAAUGAACAUCAAUGUAAUACAGCAAACGGAUGUAAAGAAACAAGUGAGGAACUGUGGCAUAGACGCUACGGACACCUAGGUUUUCAAAAUCUCAAGAAGUAGCUGUAGGAAAUCUAGUGGAUGGUCUUGAGUAUGAUGAGCGGUCAAAUAGGGAACUGUGUGAACUAUGUGCAAAGGGCAAACAUCACAGGACCAAGUUUGCGUCAAGUGGAAGGGUAAGAAAUGGGAUACUUGACCUUGUUCACAGUGAUGUGUGCGGGAAGGUCAGCACACAAUCACUUGGUGGAGCUCAAUAUUUUCUUACUUUUAUUGACGAUUUCAGUCGAUAAUCUUGGGUUUAUAUCCUUAAGCACAAGGAUGAGGUCUUUACGUGUUUCCUUGAAUGGAAAGUAAUGAUUGAGCAGUCAAAUGGAAACAAAUCUUAAGGCCCUACGCACCGAUAACGAUGGAGAGUUUACUUCAAAUGAAUUUGAAGGUUAUUUAAAGAAAGAGGGGAUCCAUCAUGAACUGACUGUUCCGAAAACACCAGAACAGAAUGGAGUAGCAGAGAGGAAGAACAGGACUAUUGUGGAAGCAGCAUGUUCCAUGCUGGCUGAGGCACAGCUCCCACGAAAAUUAUGGGCAGAAGCAGUUUCAACAGCUGUAUCACACUUGCACUAAAUGGUUCCCGGCUCAAAAACACACACAAAUUAACGCCAUUGACAUAUUACUUGACUCCAACUCCAAUAACAUCUUUUCAAGUGCGUUUUCUGCAACAAUACAUUUCAAAUCUGAACCUCCCUUGCAAAAAACAAAUCAAAUUCAAUUUUACGACUAAACGUUUCGCAACGCAAAACGAUCUUCAAAAAACACACACAAUUUUACACCGAUGACACAUUACCUGACUCCUACUCACAUUGCACUUCUCCCAGUGCGAUUCCUGCAACAAAUGAAUGAUCAAUUCAUUGAUCGUGGGCCCUUAAAAAAAAAUAAUAAAGUAGAAAAAAAAACUUUUCAAUCGUGAACAUCUCUUGCUAAGCACAAGAAAAACAAGAAAAGUAAUUGUUCCCUAAAAAUAUAUGAGUAUCAAAAAAUGCAAUACGAAUUUCACUACACGGGAUUUUUUUUUACUAAACACAGCAAAAUUCAUUCACAACACUUUCAAUGCAACAUCUGCAAAGCAAUGUUGUCCAAACCAACGCAGUCUUAGCAGACAUCCACACACUCCUCUUCCCGUUAACACAGGUAAUUCUUCACCAAAUUUCUGUCUUCACGUCUAAGAGUACAACACUAGGAGUCCAGACAAGCAAUGUAAACAAUGUAAUACGCUAUACUGGCCUGCUGAGCAUAAUACAUCCAGCAAGUACUCACAAUGCUGCCACAACGUGCAAGGAGAUUUAUCAUCUUUGCGGGAGCCACCUGUGUCUUUAAAACAACUUCAUACGCAGCAAGCUUCAUGAGCUAACAAUUUUAAUGAACACAUUCGAGAAUACAACUCUUCUCUAGAGUUUUUUUUUCCCAUGGGUCCACAUCUAACUCAACCUCCUGGCCACGGACCAUACUGCUUUAAAAUACAGGGGAAAUGAAUCACACAAUAUCUCCACUAUACACCAACACUUCUAUCUCUCCAGUGCAAGCAACUGAAGCAAUCUUACAAAAAAGAAGCCAACUCUGUAUUCAGCGAAAUUUUACUUUUCCAACUAGAUUCCAUGCUAAGAAUCACCAACCCCUUCGCUAAAUCAUAAAAACCCGUGCAUGGAAUCGCUCAGGCUAAUCCAACAGCAUGUGCAUGAAUGGUUUUCAAGGAAACCCUGGGCUUGAGUCAAGACACUACAAUGUCCCGACAUCUCACACCGAUUUGGGGUCGAUUUUCGUCAGAGAAGAUGGCGAGACCCCUGACGAAAGGGACAUUUGCACCCAUCCCAGAGGCAACUGCUGUAAGCAUUUUUCCACGCUCAAUAUGAAUAGUGAUCCUAUGGUGUACCCGCUUUUAUUUCCUUAUGGGGAUGCUGGCUGGCACAAAGAUUUACAACAUGUUCCUGGUAAAAGAACCGUCAAGCUAAUCAGGCUUUCUCAAUGCCAAUUAUAUGUGUACAGAUUAGCAAUGAAGAAUACAUUUACUAUUAUGCAUUGGACUGGAACAUUUGCAGAGCAUCGUAGAUGCGUACGUUAAAAUAGAGGGCGCACGCCUCAACUCUCUCAGAUUACAUCAAAACGAUCUGCGCGUGGAACAAUUCAAGGGACUAAUAGACGCACUUUAAGCCAAGGCUGUGCAUAACACUGCACGCGUAGGCAACAUAACCAUUUUACCGUCGACAUUUCAAGGAAGUCCCAGAUAAAUGCAACGAAACUAUCAGGAUGGCAUGACCAUAGAUAUUCCGUACAUUCGCAAAGCCUGAUUGAUUUUUCACUUUCACAUGCAAUAUUAAACAUGUUUUUUAAAAAUUAAUAGUACGAAGUAAAAAAAAGAAAACGGUCAAGCAGUGAGCGUCAUGCGUGACGGUUGAACGAAGGUUAAGAAGGUUUUAUAAGCACGUUUUAUAUUAAUCAAUAAAGAGCCACGGGUAUAGUGUAGGACUAUCGCAACGACUAUCUUCAGGACUGUAUGUAUAAGAAUGUUUGUAGUAAUGCUGUAGGACUAUCUGUAGACAUGCAUGCAGAUAUGUCUCUUGGACUGUUGUUUAAAGGUCAGCAAGAAGGGUGUAGGACUGUCUUUAUGCCUAUUGUCUAAAAGCCGGCGUAUAUUAUAGAUAAUAAGAAGUUGACUUUUUUAACACUUGAACACACGGGUAUUUAUCUAAAUACCCGGGCAAGUGUAAAAAAAACUGCAUUCAGUUAAGCUAUAAACUUAUAAUGACGUAUGCUACGGCGCAAUCUCGUUUCUUGGUUUGAUCCCGAUCCCAUGGGAUCCCGUUUUCUUGUGGCUCCGGGGUCAAGGGAAAUCCAGAUCGCGGUGGGAUCCCGAUCCCGAUCCCGUCGGUAACUCGAUUCAGUGGAAUCCCAAUCUCGGUGACAUCCCACUUCGCAGUAAGAUCCCGAUCUAGGGGCGUUCCGAUCCCGGCAGGCUACAAAGCACAGGGACAAUUUGGAAAAACCUUGCUUCUCCAAUGGACAGAUGAUUUGGCCUGCUCUCGCGUCGUAAAAAGCGUUGUUAAUAUAAAAGCUGUUCAAGAACUUAAAUGCAAACGGUUUCUUUUCUUGAGUGGCAUUGCAACUCGCUAGUUUAUAAAUAUAUAUAAUUUUUUUUUUUAAUUUUGUAAUAAGUUUUGCAUAUUUACUUGUUAAAAAAUAUAUUUGCUCUUCCAAUAUUUAAAUAUGUUACCUUUCAAUUUAUAUUGCAGGGGCUCUCAAUCAGCGAUGUAGUGUAAGGGAGUGCCAGAAGACCCAGAAAAUCACACCUGUUCAUUAUGAACUCUCGGAAAAUAUGUUUUAUCAUCAAAAAUGUGGCGCAUUGCUGCCAACUGGUUAAAAAAAAUAAAACUCUAUAGUGUAUACUUUGCAUUGUUUAUCAGAGAAAAUAAAGAGGGCCAGGAUUUCAU